UGUCCGUCGAAUUUCUAUGGUGAGACUGAUUGUUCUUGGUAUAAAUUGGACCGGGGGAGCGAUGUGUCGCCACAGAGACGGUAGAUGGGGGUAAAGAUGUGGAAGCCAUAUGUCUUGUUCCUGGUCCUGGCGAUUUUGGUCGUUGCAGCGUCCGCUACGGAAAAGAUACACAAAUCACCCCUCAAACCAAAAGAUCUUAAGGAAAAGUCCAAGAAUGAAGUAACCGAGACCGAUAAUGAAGACGGAAAGAACGAGGCGACGGCUCGUAAAUGGGAAAAUAAAAUCGAUCAACCGGAUAUCGAUCCCGAUGAUCCAGACAUGCGCCUGUUUCUUAGUAUGGGGGUAGGAGUAGAUGGCGCAGUUAAACACUCCAAGGGACUUCAUCCGGAAAACUCAAAGCGACUACAAGCAAGACGCUUAGACAAACCUGAUGAUUCAGAGAAAAAGACCGAGAACAAAAGAAAACCCUCUAGAAAACCGAAACGAAGACGAAAGAGGAACUUUGGCCCAAAUUGGGGCAAAUGGCCCAAGGGAAUUGUCCCCUAUGUGUUUGACGCCAGCCUUGAUGUUAAUCGAGGUUACUUCCUGCAAGCGAUUGAGCUCUUUGAUAAUUUUACCUGUGUAAAGUGGAAGCCGAAAUCACCGGAAGUAGCAGCAGAAGUAGGACACCAGGGCUAUGUGCUCGUCAGAAGUGGGACUAGUUGCAGUUCUGGGGUUGGUUUCCAAGGCGACGUGGAACACAUCAUAAAUUUUAAAGAGCCCGGAUGCGGUUGGGUUGAUGUUGCGGUUCAUGAAAUGUUGCAUCGGAUUGGCCAAAGACACGAGCAUGCGCGGAGCGAUCGGGAUCGGUAUGUCAAAAUCAAUUGGGAUAAUAUCCAUAUUUCGGGAAGAUACAACUACUACCGGCUAAACACAUACAACCGGAACCCCUAUGAUAUUGGGAGCGUGAUGCAUUAUGGGUACUCUUCAUCUGAGACGGCUGACAUAGAGUUGAAGGACAAGAACCUGAAUUUCCUGGAGUUUCCCGGAAGUCAGAUCUUCUCUUACUACGACCUCAAGGACGUCAUUGACCAGUACCAAUGUGCUGCACACUGUAUUUCGCCACCAGUAUGUAAGAACGGAGGAUACGUCAACGCUAAUUGUCAGUGCACGUGUCCCGAGGGAUUCAGUGGAGUGUCCUGUGACACCGUUGUUACAGAUCCGGAUUGUGGAGGGUAUGUACAUCUAAAAGAAAACGACUUAGUCCUGGAACGAGAGAAAGUAGCCUUUAUUACGUCACCGAACUACCCGGGUCCAAUCGGUCUAGGCAAAAUUUGUAGAUGGGCAGUCACGGUGCCUGUUGGUUACAUCGUCAAAAUGACGAUAGAUGACCUCCACAUGGCCUAUAACCCGGAUACACUCCGUUGUUACCACUGGCUGGAGAUUCAAUACAACCUUCCUGGCCAGCAGGGAAUCCGGCGCUGUGGUGAUAUUGUUGGGGAGACUUUCCUAAGCUCUAUCGAUUCUCCAACAUUGAUGAUCAUCACCAUGGAUACCAAACUUGCAGGCGGAAGGGUCACCAAGAAAGGAUUCAAACUCCACGUUGAAAAGGAGAGGGAAGUUUGUAGAGACAGUCCCUGUGUGUUCGGAAUAUGUGUCCCCACUGAGAGGAAGUCGUAUGAGUACAAGUGUGUGUGUCAGCCAGGCUACACGGGGGACAAGUGUGAUCAGGUCGUUGACGGUGCAAAACUGAAAUGUUCGUUCGAAAGAUUUGAAAAAUGUUUCUUUGACAACGUGCAGGAGGGAGAUGAAUUUGAAUGGGGACCAGGCUUUAGACACACCAUAUCCGAAUGGACAGGGCCAGAGGAUGCCUUCCGAGGUGAACGCUUUAUAUUUGCUGAGAUGUCAUUACCCAGAGUUCCUGGCGACACAGCCAUUCUACAGACAACCGUCGCAUUACCAGAGCAAGCAGGCUGCCUGUCGUAUGCCUAUAACAUGUUUGGGAGUACCGUGUACAAAUUGACUCUGUUUGCCGAGGGAACAAACUCGCCUAAGUAUGUUCUGUGGUCAAAAGAAGGAAAUCAAGGGUCUGAUUGGUUAACAGCAAAAGUUGACGUCCCAGCAAUUCAAGGACUAAAGCUGUCCUUUGAAGCAGUGACAGGAGACUCGUGGGACAGUGACAUAGCGUUAGACGAGAUCACCUGGGAAACUGGACAAUGUGGACCUGAUACUUUUAAUGACUGUCUCAGAGUUGGAGAAGAGUAUGAUGGAACACUCAACUACACGAAACGGGGCGUGGCCUGUCAGGCCUGGUCAUCCAAUACACCGCACACACCUGGUUCUCAAUACGCGUAUUUAGCAUCGGACUCGAACUACUGUCGCAUCGCUGACGAGCCCGACCCUUGGUGCUACACCACAGAUGCCGGAACCAGAUGGGACUGGUGUAGUAUUCCAUACUGCUUUGCGACAGAGUGUGCCUACACGCCGACUGGCAUGGACUACAUGGGUACUGUCAGUCACACCAAGACCGGUAUCCCCUGUCAGAGGUGGGACUCCCAGUCCCCCCACCCCCACAGCUACGGCUACCUGUCCAAGGACGAGAACUACUGUAGGAACACCGACGGGAGCGAGGGGCCCUGGUGUUAUACACAGGACCCGGAUAUACGUUACGAGCUGUGCGAUGUACCCGUCUGUGAGAAAAUCGAACAGGAAUGUUUAAUGACAAGUCGAGGUUUGGAUUACGCAGGGAAACAAAGCGUAACGAAUACUGGCAAAACGUGUGAACACUGGACCGAUGAACAAAUGUCAGAGGACGAAAAUUAUUGUAGAAAUCCAGACCAGUCAGUUAAACCAUGGUGCUAUGUUCAGAGCGGAACUGGACUGGUGAAAGAGUAUUGUGAUAUACCUUCGUGUGCCGAUUCCCCAUGUUUUCCCAAUCCUUGUAAGAACAGAGGAGAAUGUUCAGUGGAAGGAACCUCAUAUUCAUGCACUUGUUUGAAUGGCUUUUCGGGCGAUAACUGCGAAACACAGGAAUUAGGAAAUCAAGAGGACUGUAAAAGAUCAAGCAAUGGUUGGGAUUAUUCCGGGAAGAGAAACGUCACACAAAGCGGAAGGACUUGCCAGGUAUGGAGUGCGCAGUCUCCACAUUCCCAUGGAUACACUUCCUAUCCUGAAAACUACUGCAGAAACCCGGAUGGGGAACCAUCGCCGUGGUGUUACACCACAGAUCCGUACAAACGCUGGGAACUCUGUGCCAUUCCGGAUUGUGUGUCUCCUCCCCUGGAGUGUCUCCCAAACUCCGAUCUGAGGGGUACCCAGUACUACGGUACUCAGAGCGUGACGGAGACAGGCGACACGUGUCAACGCUGGGACAGCCAGUCUCCCUACACCCACAGCUUCAGUUACCUAGGCGACCAGGAAAACUACUGUCGUAACCCUGACAACGACUUGAAACCAUGGUGUUACACGACCAAUGUAAACAGGCGAUAUGGCUACUGCAACGUUCCUUACUGCUGAACGUAUUUCUGAACAAUCCGUAAAAAUUAGACAUGAUCUCUGUCUUAUUUUCUCAUAUUCUGACUUUUUAAACCAAUAGUGAUUUCUGUUUCAAUAGUAACGUAUUCUUCUGGACUUUUGUGUGUGACUUAUAUUCAUCGAAGCUUUUUUAAAAUCGUUUUUCACUACUUAUUUGUGUCCUUUCUUUAAUAAAAUAAACUUCUGCUUAAUUGAAUGCAGCCAAAAAAAGAUCUAAAUUUAAGAAGACAAUACGUUAAAAUAAAAUUGUGUCAACUACUGUGAAAACUUGUGGAUAUAUAGUUAAUAUUAAGAUACAAUUAGAGACCUAGUGUCUAGGUGCACACAUCCAUUAAAUUGACUUCAGACUGUCUUAUUUGUUGACUUGUUUAUCAUUCUAUCUCGCCAUAGAAAGGAGAGUGUGGGUUUAAAGGGCAUGGGGAGUGGUAUCGAUAACAUCAAAAUAUUAUGCAUUUAUGCAUUGUUCCAUUUCAUAUGCGCCUGACGAAAGCAAUAAAAUGUCACAUAACAUA